GAGAGAGAAAGAGAGAGAGAACGUUACGAAUUAGCCCUGUGUGUCCCCCACCUAGUCUUCUUUGUCUUCUUCGCUUUCCCCUUUUAUUUUUCCCUUUACCAAUUACUCGCCGCGAACACACCGCAGCGUUCAGUGAAAUGUGAGAGAGAUCUGAGUGAGAUUUCCAGGGAACAAUGGGGAGCGUUUCGUCUGAAGAUGGUUCCGAUCAACAGAGCGAGCGUUGCGGAAGCUACAGCCUCAGCGCUGACGUCAGCGAAUCCGAGAGUUGCAGCAGCUUCUGCGCUCGCCGUUUCGACGCCGAGGGAGCCUCCAGCUCUGCCAAUCUCUCACCUCGUCCCCUCGCCGCUCACUUCAACUUCCCGCCCGCGCAGGUCAUGCUUCCCGUCAUUGGCGGCAAAGACGUCGUCGUUUGGGAUCACAAGCGCGACCUGGAUUUGUCAGAAGUGGAACUGAUGAAAGAGAGGUUCGCGAAGCUGCUUCUCGGAGAGGACAUGUCUGGUGGAGGGAAGGGAGUGUGCACUGCGCUUGCAAUCUCUAAUGCGAUAACGAAUCUCUCUGCGACUGUGUUUGGUGAACUGUGGAGGUUGGAGCCGCUAGCGCCGCAGAAGAAGGCUAUGUGGCGUAGGGAAAUGGAGUGGCUGCUAUGCGUGAGUGACUCCAUUGUGGAGCUUGUGCCAUCUGUGCAGCAGUUUCCUGGCGGUGGAACCUACGAGGUGAUGGCCACGCGCCCUCGCUCGGAUUUGUACAUCAAUCUCCCGGCCCUGAAGAAACUUGAUGGAAUGCUGCUUAGCAUGCUUGAUGGCUUUCAUGAUACGCAGUUUUGGUACGUUGACCGGGGAAUUAUAUUGGGUGAUUCUAAGGAUUGUGAUGCAUAUGGUAGACCUUCGGUUAGGCAAGAGGAGAAAUGGUGGCUUCCCUCUCCCAAGGUUCCGCCAAAUGGGUUGUCUGAAGAUGAUAGGAAAAGGUUGCAGCAAUGUAGGGAUUGCACCAAUCAGAUACUAAAGGCUGCCAUGGCUAUUAAUAGUUCUGUUCUUGCUGAAAUGGAAAUUCCCCGCGCUUAUGUUGAGUCCUUGCCCAAGAAUGGAAAGGCUUGUCUAGGGGAUAUAAUCUAUCGAUACAUAACUGGGGACCAGUUCUCGCCUGAAUGUCUCCUUGAUUGCCUGGAUCUUUCAUCGGAGCACCACACUCUGGAUAUAGCUAAUAGAAUUGAGGCUGCUAUAAAUGUAUGGAGGCUGAAGGACCAUAAGAAACAUCUAAGUUCGGCAAAAGCUAGACGAUCUUGGGGAGGAAAGGUGAAGGGGCUCGUUAUUGAUGGUGAAAAGAACCAUUUUCUUGCCCAACGGGCAGAGACACUUCUACAAAGCUUGAAACAUCGCUUUCCGGGGCUCCCUCAGACUGCACUAGACAUGGCCAAAAUUCAAUAUAAUAAGGAUGUUGGACAGUCUAUUCUUGAAAGUUAUUCAAGGGUGACGGAGAGCUUAGCCUUUAACAUAAUGGCCAGGAUUGAUGAUGUCCUAUACGUAGAUGAUAGUAUUAAGCGAUGUGCAGCUGCAGAUUCCAUCUCUUUGUUCAGCAGGGGAGGUUUUGGUGGCAUGCCCAUCCAGAAGCGAAUAUCUCCUAGUCCCUUCUCAAUUCAACACAGCCCAUAUGGCUCCCCAUUUGCAACACCAACUUUCUGUUCCUCCUCUCCUGUUACUGGGAGCCCUUGCAGUCCUGGAAGGACACAUGCUGUGAAGAGGAAUGCCCGAAAGGAGGGCACAGAUUCAAAGGCCGAAAAGUUGGCUGCAUCUGAGUUUGAAAGGAUUUGGUCAUACACGGGAAACCUCAGUGCAAGAAGAGCGUCUGGUGAUGCUCCAGAAAGAGACUGAGUUCUACAAUUAGUAUGACUUGCAUCCAUACAUGGCCAUCAAUCGUGUCUUCUAAAAGUGGAUCUGGUUUAAGCCCCCGCUCCCUGUAUAUGAGGGUCUAAUUUUUGUAUAUUCUUAGGCAGUAUGAGUAGGAUUAUGUUGAAAGAUCAUGCCAAUGGAUCAUUAGUUAAAAAUAUUCCCUCCCAAGUAUAAAUAUCUAGAGGCAGCCCCGAUAUGGUUUUCUGCAAAUUAAUUCUAAGUAGAGUUCUGGACUUGUAUAACCCAUUCGAGAUUCAGCAUUAUACAUAUACCCUUGCGC